GAGAGAUCGCUAGCUUCUCAAGAGGGAUAAGAGAGAAACACAGAGCAAGAAGAGAAGAGAGAAGCAAAGCUUGAGAUGGCGCAAACCAUGGCGUCCAUGACCGGCCUGUCGCAGGGCGUGCGUCUCCCAGGCCCGGCCGGCAGGCGCGCCAGCAGGUUCACCGUGAGGGCGUCGUCGGCGGAGGCCGAGGCCGCCGGUCGCCGCGCGGUCCUUGGCCUCAUGGCCAGCGGAGUCGUCGGGAGCGCGUUCGCUCAGGUGGUGCACGCCGGCACCGUCGCGGCCAUCAAGGUUGGCCCCCCGCCGCCGCUCUCCGGUGGACUCCCCGGAACGGACAACUCGGACGAGGCAAGGGACUUCGACCUGCCCCUGAAGAACCGGUUCUACCUGCAGCCGCUGCCACCGGCGGAGGCGGCGGUGCGGGCCAAGGAGUCGGCCCAGGACAUCCUCAACCUCAAGCCGCUCAUCGACAAGAAGCAAUGGCCGUACGUCAUGAACGACCUCCGCCUCAGGGCCUCCUACCUGCGCUACGACCUCAAGACCGUCAUCUCCUCCAAGACCACCAAGGAGGAGAAGAAGGACCUCAAGGACCUCACCGGCAAGCUCUUCGCCACCCUCGACGGGCUUGACCAUGCAGCCAAGAUCAAGAGCCCCACCGAGGCCGAGAAGUACUACGGCGAGACCAAGACUGUUCUCAGCGAUGUCCUCGCCAAGCUAGGCUAGAUGGAUCCGCAUAAUGGCCGUGUUGCUUUCAGGCCUUUUAUGUUUGUUCAUAUUUGGAAGCCGGCAAUGUAACUUCCCUGUUGAUAAUAUGUCAACAAGCACUUAAGUAUGAUUCUAUCUUGAGAUCAGUCA